GGGUAGUUCCCUUCAGAGCUUAAAGGUUAGGAUUCAUAUAACAAGCUGUAGCACAUGCCUGAAAAAAACCUAGAUGGAAAUGGAGGUUUUCAAUUUCCAUGCUAGACCUCUUCCUGCCUCAAUAUUAACUGGGGUGGUGGGUGUGCCAGUGAAGAGAGUUGUGACCCCUACCACACUUCAACCCUUCAAGCUGUUAGCUGAUGAACGGGUGACUAUUAAAGCUGAGCGUAGAAAGCAAAAGAUAAAAGAGGAGAAAAAGAGAUGGAUGGAGGCAGUCACCUUCAAAGCCAGACCAAACACUGUUACUCACAAAGAACCCUUCAGGCCUCGGAAGGAGAAUCAUGCCAGUCCAACUCCAGUGGGAUUCAAUUUACAAACUGAACAAAGGGCCAGAGAAUGGCUGAUGCUGGACCAGCUGAAGAGGUCCAGGGAAGCCCUCCGAGUGGUCAUGGAGCAGGAAAGACUCUGGGAGCAGGAGCAAAUGGAGAAAGUGGCCGUUGCCAAACUUCGCCGAGAACAGGUUCACAAAGCCCAAAGUAUCAGGCGCUACAAACCACUGAAGCCAAAGGCUGAGAUCCCUGUGACUAUCCCUCAGUCUCCCCAGUUCUCUCACAGAAUACUCUUUAGGAAUAGAUUUUAG